AUGAUCGGAAGCAGUCAUGGAGAAAAGACAAAUUUGUAUGCGUGGUUGAAAGGCCACCAUAGAAGCUGUGCGCCAGAAAGUGACUGCUCUUUGUUGCUCUGGAAGUUGGAGGCGCAGGAUCUGAACUCGACACGUACUGUUGGAGAUAAUAAUGGGAAUAGGAGGGUGUUUUCAGUGCCUCGUCCGAGUGAUGAAGCUACAACUCGAUGGGGUGACGAGCCGAGGAUACAUGGAGCUGCCGGACCAACAUCGCGUGCGGAAUCCGAGAACAACUUCGCAGCACAGUAUUCCCAAGCAGACUGUAGCUUCUCUGGUUACCAUAACGGCGGAGACGUCCAUACAGAACCUCGAGGUGAGUCAACUGCUGCAUUUAUCAAGGACGGAGCCGACCGUACAGACCCCUAUGUGUCAGACGGCGAGGACUCGGGCAGGAUAUCACCAGACACAUACCGCUUAUGGACCACCGGUUGUGCGAGAGGCCAAAAUAAUACUCGCCAAGGUACAGACAACUGCGGCAUGUGCCAUGUUGAAACGGCUGGCCUACAUGCUGCUCACGAACACAUCGACUUGGUACCCGACGACUCAACCACGGCAUCCUGUCCGUCCAUCUCAUCCGGUGAGUUCAAGAACGACGCUCAACAACCCAAGCCACUAACAAACCGCCUGCACGACCAGAUAUCCACCCUCCAGGAAACACUAGACAGUAUCGCCGCACACGCAGGCAAAGUCAUGCGCAGACGCCACCCGCUGCGCACAGAAGCAGACAGGGAGGAGCACAGCGAGAGGGAGGACAUAUACGCCUAUUUGGAGGACUACAUGUGCCGUUUAGACGCGGAAUGCGACGCCAGGCACGAGAAACUGUGCCUUCUAGCCCGCGAGGUCGACAAGCUAAGGGAGCGUGAGCACAAUUUGAAUGUCAUGAUAGAAGCGGUGGGGGAGACGGUGGGCGUGGGCGUGGAAGAGGUCAAUGGGGAUGUAGGCGAGAUUGAGAGACUGGUGAGGUUGAUCAACGACGGGGAGAUGGAUAUUUUGAGUGGGCAGGAGGACCACUGA